CGAUAGAUGGUUUUUUAAUAAAUAAUACUAUUAGAACAAAAAUAAGCCCAAACAAAAAGAAAAAUAAAGGUUGAGAGAAAUUAACUCUUCGUCGUUGAAUAGCUGAAUGGAUGCAAUACUUUUUCCACCCUAUAAAAUCAUAUAAUCAUAAACAUUUUGUUUUCACCUUCUCUCUCAGUCUUCUUUUUGAUCAUUCUUCCCUCUCUCCUCUUUUCUCUCUCAGAAAAAAGAAAGAAAUAAAACAUCUUGAGAGAGAGAGAGAGAGAGAGAAUGGGAGCCUGUGCAAGCAAGCCUAAUGUGUUGAAUGGUGAGGCCCCUGAAGUUGCACCAGAAAAUAUAGUUGCCAAGGAUGUGGAGGUUGUCGUCAAGGAAGAAGUGGUGAAGAAGGAAGAGACUGUCAUUGUUGAUGAUGAUGCCGACCAUACCCCAUCUCUCUAUAACUUACUCAAUAAUGAAGAAGGAAAGGGGUCGACAGAAGAGAAAGAGGAGACAUCAGUAAAAGCUUCUGAAGUAGCAUCCCCGGAGGAAAAGAUAGAAUUAGAAGUUGAGAAGGUUUUUGAUGAUAGUCCGAAAGCUGGUGCUACUAAUUUUGUAGAUGAUGAGAAGAAAAUAGAAGAAGUAAAAUCAGAAACUGUUGUGGAGGAAGUCGUAAAACCAUCAGUGGAGAGUGAGAAUAAAAAAGAUGAUCAAGAGAAAUUACCAGAAGAAGCUCCUGCAGAGAAGACGGUAGAGGAUGUAAAACUUGUAGAGAAACCAACUGCCACUGAGGAUAAGAAAAUUGAAGAGAAGCCAGAAGUUGACUAUCUAAAUUCUGAAGUUGAGAAGAAGAAAACAGAAGUGAAACCAGUUGUUACCAAGAAAGGAAAGUUUUGGUGGGAUAAGUAA